UCGUACGCGGCGGCGGUGGCGGUCUACGUUCAAUUCCGCGCGUAUAAUAUAAUAUAAUGUAUAAUUUAUAUAUAUAUAAAAAUAAAUAUCACACCAUUAUAGAAAUGCAUUCCUGGUGGUGGGACUCGGGGCCCGGCGAAACUGCCGCAGUCGUCUAGUCUCGUCUCGGAAGAACUCUCACUCGUCCUCGAGCUCGUCGCGUCCCCAUAUAGUCGUCGCGCUAUUAUUAUUGUUAUUAGUAGUAGUAGUAGUAGUAUUAUCGUUAUUAUUUUAUUAUUUUUAGUUGGCGUUUACGGUUUUAGAAAGCAAUAGUCGUAGUUGUCGUUGAUGGUGGACUCCGAGCACCAGGAAAAGUGCAAGUACGGUCAUCGGCUUUUGUACCUAUCGUGGACCGGAAAAUCGUCGUAAAGACAUGAAGAUCGCCCGAGUCGUUGGACAGUGUUCCCCGAACGGAUAUUGCCCACGACAAGACGGAACGACCAGGACCGCGUUACCGUUCCGAUAACUCGCGAGUUUUAUACUAUAUUUUAUGUGAGAUUAAUAUUAGUGUUUAUAUCGUUGUUCAGUGCGUAGAUCACGUCGGUGCAGAAGAUUAAUAAACAAAUUUAUCAAAAAAAAAAAAAAAACCGAAAACAGCAGUAAUGGCGUCGUUGAUAUCUGGUGCCAUGAACAGCGCCGCUUUGACUGGAGCCGGAAUGAUACCCGUGUUCGUCAUCGGUUUGGCGUACCUCCGAUAUUCAAUGUAUGAUCCUGAAUCGCGGGUGAUAGAUGUUCAAGAGGUACUAGACGAAUACGAUUUCAUAGUGGUUGGCGCGGGCUCAGCAGGGGCCGUAAUAGCCAACAGGCUGUCGGAGAUGCAGAACUGGACGGUGUUGUUGCUGGAGGCCGGCGGCGACGAGACGGAGAUAUCGGACGUGCCGUCGUUCGUCGGCUACCUGCAACUGUCCGACAUGGACUGGCAAUACAAGACGGCACCUCCGUCCAGCGACAACCCUUAUUGCCUGGCCAUGGUGCACGACCGGUGCAACUGGCCCCGAGGCAAAGUGCUUGGUGGCUCGAGCGUGCUCAACGCCAUGGUGUACGUGCGGGGCAAUCGAAGAGACUACGACCAGUGGGCUGCAGCCGGAAAUCCGGGCUGGUCGUACAAGGACGUGUUGCCAUACUUCAUCAAGUCCGAAGACAACCGAAAUCCGUACCUGGCCCGGACAAAGUACCACAGGCGUGGCGGCUACCUGACCGUGUCGGAGGCGCCGUGGAGGACACCUCUCGCCACCGCGUUCGUAUCCGCCGGCGAGGAGUUAGGAUACGCGAACCGUGACAUCAACGGUGAGUUCCAGAACGGGUUCAUGCUCACGCAGACCACCACUCGUCGAGGUAGCCGUUGCAGCACAGCCAAAGCGUUCCUCCGGCCGAUCCGGCUGCGCCCCAACAUUCACGUGUCGCUGCGCAGUCAGGUGACCCGCGUUCAUUUUUCCAGCGGUAUAAAGCCCCGGGCAACCGGCGUCACGUACUUGCGGGACGGCAAGCGGCGCACGGUUACCGCCCGGAAAGAGGUGAUCCUGUCGGCGGGAGCCAUCGGGUCGCCGCAGCUGCUCAUGGUGUCGGGCGUCGGGCCGGCCGAUCACUUGAAUGAACUGGGCAUCAAACCGCUCGCUGACCUGAAGGUGGGUCACAACCUACAGGACCAUGUGGGUCUGGGUGGGUUGACGUUUCUCAUCGACGACCCGAUCACGUUCAAAAAGUCCAGGUUUACUACCGCGUCCGUGGCCUUAGAUUACAUAAUGAACGAGCGCGGACCUCUGACGUCCAGCGGAGUCGAGGGCCUAGCCUUUGUCAACACUAAGUACGCGGACCCGUCGGGCGAGUUUCCGGACAUACAAUUCCAUUUCGCCCCGAGUUCUGUCAAUUCGGACGGUGAUCAGAUCCGGAAGAUCACCGGGCUCCGGGACGCCGUGUACAACACGGUGUACAAGCCGCUGGUGAACGCCGAGACUUGGACGCUGUUGCCGCUGCUUUUACGUCCAAAGAGCUCCGGAUGGGUGCGACUCAAGACCAAGAACCCACUGGCCCAUCCGAUCAUCGAACCAAACUAUUUCGCACACCGGGAAGAUGUCCAGGUGCUGGUGGACGGUAUCCGGAUCGCGUUCAACGUGUCGAAUACAGCUGCGUUCCGGAAAUACAACUCCAGGCCGCUGUUGACGCCUAUGCCGGGUUGCAAGAAGUUCGAACUGUUCAGUGACGAGUACUGGGAAUGCGCUCUCCGGCACUUCACGUUCACCAUUUACCAUCCGGCCGGAACUUGCAAGAUGGGCCCGGACACGGAUCCGGACGCGGUGGUCGAUCACCGGUUGCGCGUGCGCGGCAUCGACGGGCUCCGGGUGGUUGACGCUUCCAUUAUGCCGAACAUAAUCAGUGGCAACCCCAAUGCGCCGGUCAUCAUGAUCGGCGAAAAAGGCGCGGACAUGAUCAAAGAAGAUUGGUCGUAGUCUUUUCCUCGGAUUCUUCCGAUUUUGAAUUGUGAUUUCGAUAUAUUUUAUUACUAUUAUUAUUAUUUGUGUUGUUAUUGUUAUUGUUAUUGUUGUUAUUGAUGUUGCUCAAUCGUUUUUUUUUAUUUAUAAUUUGUAUUAAAUAUUUGGACUAUCCGUUUGAAUGGUUCAAAUGUAUGUUUA